CAAUUUUGCGUGGCUAAAAGUGGUAGUUUCUUUUUCGUGUCAAUUUAUAAACGAAAUUUGGCAAAAGUUUAUAGAGUUAAAGAAUAAAAGGCAACAAGAAUCGCAAAUAAACACUGCCAGCCAUGUCUCUGUUAAACAAUGAUGACAGUAUUCCAAACAUGGACGAAGACCCACAGGUGGUUAUUCCGGAUGACGAGCCCUCGACGGCGGGACACAUGCCCAACGGCAGAUCCAUGGACUCGCUGCGCUCUUCCUUCACCAACCGGAGCUCUACGCCGGAUUCAUCACACAACUCGCUGGAGGCAAUGGAAAUGGCACAAGACGAUCGGGAGGAGAAAGCCCGCUUGAUCACCCAGGUACUAGAGCUACAAAAUACGCUGGAUGACCUUUCGCAACGCGUUGAUUCCGUCAAGGAGGAGAAUCUCAAGCUGCGUUCCGAGAACCAGGUACUAGGCCAGUACAUCGAGAAUCUGAUGUCGGCAUCCUCGGUGUUCCAAUCUACCAGUCCCAGUGCGGCUAAGAAGAAGUAAUCUUCCAUUCCACCGACCUGAACUGGAAACCAAAAACCAUCUCAAAUAUGCCUUCUCGUUCACGCUAGAGCUAUAUUUUAAUCUAUAACACUCGAAAUUAAGCUAUUGCAAUGUUGUUUAAGUUGCCCAAUCGUCGAAUUUGUUUUUUUAGGCUUAAGCUUAUUGCGCUCUAUGUAUUUUAUACAUAAAAGUAAUUUAUUUAUAUACAUAGAUAAUUAAUAAAUCAAUAACACCCCAUCGCAA